UAUGGACACAGUGGAGAACUUGAAAUUGAGAAUUUGGAAUAUUCCAUGUCCUCAGACUUUAGGACAUCACAGUAACCAGUAGUCAGGUCUAGGGAACAGAUUUAUUGAGAAGAGACAUAAAACAGGUAAAUAUAAUAUUAAAUCUUGUUAGUUAUUAACCCAGGAAUAUUAUGGACACAGUGGAGAACUUGGAAUUGAGAAUUUGGAAUAUUCCAUGUCCUCAGAUUUUGGGACAUCAAAGCAGUCAACUCUGAGACACAAGUUAAUUGAGAAGAGGGAUGAACCAGGUAAAUACAUUGAUAAAUCCUGGUUAUUUAUUAAUAAAUCCUGGUUAUUUAUUAGCCCAGGAAUAUUAUGGACACAAUGGAGAACUUGGAAUUGAGAAUUUGGAAUACUCCAUAUCCUCAGAUUUUGGGACAUCAAAGUAACCAGUAGUCAGGUCUAGGGAACAGAUUUAUUGAGAAGGGAGAUAAACCAGAUAAAUACAUUAAUAAAUCCUGUUCUUUUAUUAGGCCAGAUAUAUUAUUGAUACAGUUCCCUGGAGAACUUGAAAUUGGGAAUUUGGAAUAUUCCAUAUCCUCAGACUUUGGGACAUCACAGCCAUCAACUCUGAGGAACAGAUUUACUGAGAAGAGAGAUAAACCAGUGACUCUGAGAAGAUGAGGAGCUCAGAGAAAGGAAUGAUUCCUAGACAGAUAAAGUGGGAUGAGAUUAAGAAGCCCCAGCCAUCCCGGACAACACUGAUAUUCCUCUCCUGCUUUUCACCCUCAGCUGAGGACCAUUUUCCACCCUGGCCAGGAGCUUCUCAUCUCUGUCCUGCUCCCUGUGCUUGCUCCUGUUCAUUCCUCUCAGAUAAAGUCACAUUUGCUUAAGGCUGGAAAAUCUUUGUGAGCCUUUUACUUCACUCCUUGGGUCCAGCUCAGCUGAGGAAUUCCAAGGUCACAUCCUCACGUGGGAUAAAACGGGAAUCAGGCCAUUUUCCACCUGGGAAGGAUCCAACCUCCCCUGGCAAGAACGAGCAGCAAGGGUUAACGGGGCUGUCACGCCUCACUUUUAACAUCAUCUCCAACAAAAGGAGACACAUGAAGGGAGCGAGAGAUCUUCUGAGGGAGCACAAACAUCUCUGCAGUCAGGGGCCGAUAUUUUCCGUGGUUUGAGUCAUUCCCAUCAAUAAAUGAACUUUGAACUUGCCUCCUAGCCCUGUUAUCCCUUGCUUUAAUCACUCGGUGCCUGAGGAGCAGUUGGGCCACUGAAGUCUGUCACCCCUUAAGCUGCCUGCCCGACUCUUCAUUUCACCACCAGGACACACAGGCCCUCCCUCAGCCAAUGGCAGCCUGGUCACACAAGUAUUAUGUUUUUCCUCUCUCUGUCUCCUGUUUCACCAGCGUAGGAAUUACACGGCCAAGAGCACAGUAGGAAUAAUGGCUCUAUUCAUUUCCCCCUGGGACUAAUUCUUACAGAUGGCAAGCUCGGUGAUGGGGCAAAUUAGCUUCUUAUUUCAUUUGGAGGCUUAAGGGUUCUAAGCUCAUUUUGUUGUUGUUUACGGGGUAGCUCCCGGCGGGGCGGUGCAAGCCUGUGCACUGCUGCUGGCAGGGAAGGAGGCAAAUCCUGUACCAGCAGUGGCCAGAGGGUAGGGAAGGGGAUGCUAGGAGGACCCUGUCACUGCUGAGCCCCUGCCCCUCGUGUGCUCAGCCCUGCAACCACGGCAAAGCUCUCUGGCUGCCCGAGCUCCCAGUCAGGUGCUGACACGAACAGCAGGCUUAGCGAUGCCGUGAGCCGGGAUCAGUUUGGGAAAUCGGGAUUUGUGAGUGCUCCCAGGGGAGAAGGGGGGGCAGAAAAACAAGCACAGUUUCCACCGCUGCUGGAUGGCUUGGAGGAAAAACGGGGAGGUCUUUGUUCACCUGAAGAGACCAAAAAAAAAACAGUUGCAUCCAUGAAUGUUUUCUUUCAGGGUCAUUUUCCUCUCGGGACACACGAGACAGCAGCGGUGCCGAAGCUCAACAGAAGAUCCUUGCAGAGGGAAGGCCAUCCUUUGCCCUCAGCAAUCACUGUGUGGUUGUGAUCACCCACUGAGUUCUGGCCACCUGUGCCCCCCACCUUCCCCAGAUGGCAUUUCCAGACGGGGCUGAGCCUUCCCGUACAUCCCUGUCUGACUUUCCAAACGGAAAACAGAGUGAUGCAUCCUCGGCUUCGAGUGAAUCAGCAUCUCCCCUGGAGAUUUCCAUUUAUGCCACUCGCCAAUCUGGCCCAUAAUGUCACUUUUUUAUGGGAGAUUUCGCGGGCAAAGUCUCUUCUCGUGAGUAGUGAUGGACCAAGAGGAAUAAUAGAUGUUGGGUGGGAUUUUAUCUUCUUCCAAAACCCUGGCAAACAUGUCUCAGACAGAAAUUGUCAGUGAAAUGAGUAACCAUCGUUCCUUAUUCAUUGUUCCUCAUCCCUGGAAGUCUCCAGGACCUGGUUGGACGGGAUUUGGAGGAACCUAAACCAGUGGAAGGUGUCCCUGCCCAUGGCAAGGGGUUGGAAUGAGAUGGUCCUUAAGUUCCCUUUCAACCCAAAUUCUGUGUUCAGUGGUGUUGUUUAAGAGCUCUUUUCCUGCACCUGGUGGUCAAGACAAAGGGUUUAUUUUCUGCAGGAUCUCAGGAGAUCACAGGGGAUCUGUAACCUCUGCCCAGAGAAGCUGAAGGACAGCAAGUUCAGCCUCACAUCAGAGAGGUUGUAGGACUGACUUGAAUCCCACCAGUGAGAUGGUUUUCAAUGCAUGACAGACUCCAGCUUUUCAGGCUUUAUCAGCCUUUGUUGGCCUCUUUCUGGGCACGAAUUGCACCCUGAGUGCUCCCUCUUGUAUUGACUCAUUCUCUGUUCAUUAUCCAAGGCCUUGGUGUGUCUUUCCCAGACAUUCACCCCUACACUGUCCAUGUCCUUCACCUCCCUCCAAGCUCCCUCACAGGCUGGGAGCUCCUUUGCUCCCUUCCCACCACAUUCCUCAUGCCUUUUCCACCACUCAGCCAAGCCCACCCCACAUCUCCUGUUGCAGCCCCACAAUCCUGCCAUCCAUGGGGAUUUUCUCCUCCUUGGGAUACACUGCAGAGUGUUCCAGAGCCACAGACCCUGAGCCUUUCUUCCACACUAUGGUACGUCCCAGGAGGCACUCAAGUGUUCAGACACGACCACGUGGAGUUUAGUUUUUCAGGUCCUUCACUCUCACAGUCCCUCACUGACCCUGAGACCUUAUUCCACUGCUCUUUUUUCCACAUCCCAUAUUUUAGGAUGGGAACUGGGAGAUAUCUCCAUGGCAAAAUGUAGAAGAAAUCCACUACAUCCCAAAACCACAUUUAGAAAUAAUCUUGCUCCUAGUCCCUUAACUGAGAGCAGGAUUUCCACCUGUGACAACCCUGCUCCUUCCCCACACCCUGUGUAAAAUUACUCCAUAGAUCCUACAGCUCUGCUAAAGUUCUGCCAUUAAAUAUCAUCUUAAUUCCAUAUUUUUUCUGUAGAAUGAAACAACUGCUGCCUCUUUUCUCUACUUUUUCCUGCUGUUGGGGCUUGGAGAGACCUCACAGCUCAUAGUUUUGGCAGCAGCAAUGUUCACAUAAAGCUCACGGGGCAAAAAUGCACAUUCUUAGAUGAUGUAGAGUGAUUUACACCCACUUGUCAGUGAGGUUUUGAUCAGAAAAAUGUUGUGUAUCUUGUCUGCAUCUGAGAAGUUUCUGAGUCUUCAUAAAAAUAUGAACUUGUCUUUUCUGAAAUAUUUCAAAAUAUCCAAAAAGAAAAUCACUGCUGGCAAGACCAAAAGAACCUGAAAAUGACUUUUUUGAGGGAAAAGAACACAAAAAAGCCCUGGAUUAAAGACAAAGCUCUCGCAGGUAUGAAAUAGGUAAAGCCUGUAAUAAUAAUUGAUGGAAUUAUAAUGGAUAUUAAGUCACAUAAAACAGUUGAAAAGAUGAAAAGUCACGAUGACACGAAACUUGGUCGUCCUGUUUUCUGCCCAAGACGGAGACAGAACGUUUCCAUCCCACAAAAUACCACAUUUGCAUAGGCACAGACACACACAUAUGUUUGCAAAACGCAGCCUGGGAGCAGACACAGCUCUUCUGCUCAAAGUUUCGUUUCUUAAAAAAAAAGUAACAUUUAAAAAUACUGAUCCUAUUUUGAACACAGAACUGUCUCUCCGGAAAAACUUCCAGUGAAUAUUCCUGCAGAAAAGCAAACGUGGUUGUUCUAUAAAGCCACCACUACACUUUUGGUGGAAGAUUAAAGCAAUAGUGUGAGGCUGCAGCUUCUCCUCAGCUUUUCUGGAUGGAUCCACCACCAGCACCUCAGCUUUAGAGGAAAGGGAUCCUGCAUGUUUCUUAAAUCCAUGUUUUUUGGCUCUGCUGCACGAGUGGGAUGAGUUUUUGAAGCCAUCCUGAGCUCAGCUGCCUCGUGCUCCGAGUCUCCUUGGCUCUGCAGAGGGAUCUUGCUCUCUGUGGUACAGUGACCACCUCCAGUUCUGUCCAAGGCAGGAAAAAAAAGGAAGGAGGAGGAGAAGAAGAAGGAAAACAACAAGAAAAUGAACAAGAACAAGAAAAUGAACAAGAGGAAGAGGGAGAAGGAGGAGAAGGAGAAGGAAGAGGAAGAGGAAGAGGAAGAGGAAGAGGAAGAGGAAGAGGAAGAGGAAGAGGAAGAGGAAGAGGAAGAGGAAGAGGAAGAGGAAGAGGAAGAGGAAGAGGAAGAGGAAGAGGAAGAGGAAGAGGAGAAGGAGAAGGAGAAGGAGAAGGAGAAGGAGAAGAAAAAGAAGGAGGAGGAGGAGGAGGAGGAGGAGGAGAAGAAGGAAAAAAAAGAGAAAGAGAAGAAGAAAGAGAAGGAGAAGAAAUAAAUCCCCCACAUGUUGAUUGUAUUGGAUCACAGAGCCAACAUCAUGCUGUGGUGGAAAUUCCUUCCUCACCCUGAUGCCUCCCCUCCUUGGCUUUCUGUCUUUGCUUGGAGCCAGCGGUUACUGGAACCACCAAUUCCCAUAGUUUUGGGGGGCCAAGUCCUCUCCUGUGUCCACCACCACUGAGCCCCAAGGCCUGGAGGGGAAAGCCCGGCUGGAAAAGCCCUGCAAACCCUCUGCUGAAAGCAGAGUCUGCAACAUUUGCUCACAAUUCCUGUGACAGCCUCGGGGCUGCUCCCACCGGCAGCGGGAAAAGGGGAGGAGGAGAGGGACGGGAGAGGAGGCACCGACGACCUUUAAUGACAAAAUCCCGGGCAGCUCUGCCAGGGCCUUUCACUGCAUAACCCUUCCUUGGGAAAGGAACAGAACUGAACAGAAAGGCAGUCAAAUUCCUGCACCUCUAAAACAAAAGUCUCCACGUUUCUCCAAGCUCCGGAGUGAAGUGUUUGCAAAGCAACGCUGCCACUUUGGGUGUUAUUUCAUUUUUCCAAGCCCAGCCUCUCAUCACACACACACUCUCUCUCUCUCUUUCUUCUCCUAACCUGUCACACUGAGGUCUCUGAAGCUGAAUUCAUAUUACUACCUAUGCUUGUAAUGCCCAGUGUGCAUAUAUAAUAUAUAAAGUGAUAAA